AAUCCCGUUAACCCAUAAAGUCUUGCUGUAAGUAUAAUUCAGUCUUACCUUGUCAAAUCCCUUGUCCUCAAGACGCUUGCCAAGAACAUCUCCAAUACCCGCCAGAUCCGUCACAGGCUUCUGCCCCAUGGGCUCCGCCACGAAAUUCCUGUGUUUUUGCGAUGUGCUGGACAUUUUCACUCACUGAAGCUGCUUCUUUGGGCACUUUACUGUGAAAUCUUUGAACUUGAACACGACUUUGAGAGUUUUCUUCAGGAGGACAAGCCACAAAUGCCGAUGAAUCACGCAGCAGGUUUAUUUGUUUGAAUAUUGGACAAGCUGACAGCGGAGCGUCGGUUGGAAUUCGGAAUUUCGGAAUAUUUCGCCGGAUUUCGCCGACAAAGAGCCCCGCCAUAUUUUUUGCGCCAAAUCGUAGUAGCCUCGCUCCGUGGCGUCGGAUUUUAUUUCUUUUCCGCAAUUUUUGCUUCUUGAGGAUUUGUGGAGCAAAAUGGCUGAGUAUCGGCAGCUGAUUGAUAUGCGCAGCAAUGGGAGAUUUGCCCUGAGCUGGCUAGCAGCUAAGAAUCCCAGAGCUUUUGAGAAUUAUGUGAAAAAGGGGCAUCUUGAGUCGGUGGAUGUUUCGCUGAUUUGUGAGGAACUCAUGAAGCUAAGCAAUGAUAAGAAAAUAUCAAUGCGUAUGGCGUCAGAUCUUGCGUUUGGGAUUAUUAAGGUCCACAGUAAAUUGGCGGAUAACAUUUUGAAGGAUGCAGCUAUUGCGCAGAAUAUUAGCUCUAGCAACAUCUUCCAGAUUCCGAAGGAAAAGCCACAAAAGACACCUAAGAAGAAAUCAAAUGCACCAAAAAAGCAGAUGAGCGAAGAAGAAAAGAAUGAUUUCCUCAUUGAUGAAAUCAACAAUUUCAUAUGCUCAAUUACUCCUCAUCCAGAGGAACUCUGCGAUCUUCCAGUAGUGGAUCAGACUUUAGCCAAUGAACUCAUAAGUCUUCACGAAAUUGAACUUCCGACGCAGAGUCUCAUUGAACUAGAUCCGGAUGAAUCUUUCGGGGAGCUGAACACUCAACAAGCCAAUGAUAUCCUGAAUUUUAUUGAAGACGUUGUGGAUCGGGAUCAUGUUCAUCCAAAUGUUGACGUUGCUCUCGGUGAAGGGACUUCUAGGGAUUUUCUCAUGCCUAGAUCUCCUCUUGCUACAUCUUCGCCAAUUCCCUUUCAAGUAAAGACUUCUCCUUCCAACCAGGAAGUUUCUUCCAUUCGAUCCCUCGAUUUCGCCAUGCCAAAUGUUCAGGAUGCUCAUCGUCCCGAGGAGAUUCCAGAAAUUGGUCAAAGAGCCCCAGAAGAAGGUCAAGUAGAACCGUCUGGAUCAAUUCCAGACAUUGAGGAUCGCACAGAUCCUCCAGCUGCUAAGAAGAGGAAGAAGACUCUCGCCAUUGACGAUGUCAUCGUCAUCCCUAAUGCCAAGAUUAGGCAUCAAUUGGAAAACUACGCAGAUACCAUGCGUUGCAGCAAGUCUAAAGAGGACAUUUACGACUUCCGUACCGCCGACAGAAAUCUCCUUUGGAAGCCCAGUCGCAAGAGACUCGGUGAUCCUCUCAAUGACCUAUACAACAGAAAUUGCAAAAGUCGACGAGUUGAGGAAGAAUUUGAGGACAUUCUAACCGAUAUUCUCACCAAAGGCAACGAGGCAAAUAACAAUAUGCAGGACAUUGACACCAUUCUGAAAGAUUUCAAUGAUUUCGGGAACAAAAGAGCAACCAGGAAGCGCAAAGCUGAUACUGCAGGAAUUCUUCCACCUGAAAUUCCACCCCUUGAGAUGCCACCUCCACCUGUUCCCAGGGAUUUUCAAGAAAUCCCUCCGGAGCAGACAAAUUUGCAGGAAUUCACAAAGGAACCAGUUCUGGCUAAGCUCCAGGUGCUCUGGCAGAAGCAGAAAGAGCCUGUUACCAUGGAGUGCCUCUUGGAUCAGGUAACCUGUAAGAAAAGCGCCGCUAGGACCUUCAUGUCCCUCCUGGAAUUGAGCAAGCUCAAGAAAGUUCAAUUGCAUACCAAGGAUGGGAGCCAUGAGAUCGCUAGCAUUUCUCUGGCAAAAAAUUGAAGAAAAAAAUCCUAAUUUUCUAAUUUGUAGAUCAAAUUUAUUUUCCUACAUCUACUUAACUUUUCCUGAAUUGUAAAAAAAAAAAUAGGAAUUCCAUCCUAUGAAUCUCUGUGAAUUAUUCCAUAAAUUCUCUAAAUAUAUAAAGCUUUUCGCUUAAAGGCCUCUACACAUUGGGAGCAAUUUUCAUCAAAAAUCACCUUUUUGAAGAAAAUUGCUUGCAAUACUGUACGUGGAAACGUCAAAAUUUUGUCAAAAUUCUGUCAAAAAUGCAAUUUUUGACGAAAAUUGCUCCCAAUGUGUAGAGGCCUUAACAUUCUAUACUGAAUUAUAUAUAAAAAAAAAAGAAAAACAAUUUCCUAUCAUCCGCUUUACAAUUAAAUUGUACAAAAGAAGAUUCACUUCUGAAUAUCAAUCUCUAAUAAAAAUCCAGUGAAUUAUCUUGAAAUUACAAAAAACUUUAAUUC